AAUAUAGACAAAUUGAUCGCCACGUAUAUAUGUUGUUACAAGAUUUACUAACGCCUUAAACAAAAUGAAGGUAUGCAGUGGUAGUUGUCGUCCUGCGUGUGUUAUCAUUUUAACAUGUAUUCUCAGGACGUUUGAAGCAGGAAAAGAAACGAAAGAUAUUUCCAGGCUCAAUUUUAGAGAGAGAGCUAAAAAGAUAGCUGACACAGAAAUCGAACCUUAUGCAGGCUUGACUAAUCUGUUGACCUCCCCUCCUCAGGCAAUAGCUUUGAUGGGUCAUUUAUUGCUUAUAGCAACUGACAAUGACUUCACACUUAAAACGAAAUCUUUCAAAAAACAGUUUGAAUAUUUGAAAUACCCCGAUUCAUUCCGUGCAUCUCUGGUGCAAUUAACAAAUAUUGGAUGGGAUGCAUUCAAUGAGGCGCAUAUAAAUAUGGAUUCAAUGAAGUUACAUAUGACAAAUAUUGAUAGCCAUUUGAAAUUACUAGUUAAUGUCAUGACAGAAGGAACAAAUGAUGAAGUGCAAUAUUUCAGUACAAAAACUCUAAAGAAAAUUGGAUUAAUCGCAGAUGAGUGUCUCAAGCUGUCGCUCGAUGUUGAAGCGCGUUUUCUUCUCUUCAUGAAUGUUACGGGUGAACUUCUAGAAGCAAGCACAAUGGCAAAAGGUUUUUACGAGGAUAAGGCCAAAGAUACAGAAAUGGCUAUUCGAGCCGCGAAGGAAGAGGUUAAGAAAUCACAAGAAGAAAAAGAGAUGUUGACGAAAAAAUUUGAGGAAAUCGACGAGGAGAUAAAAAGUGCAUCAGCAGAUUUCAAAAAAGCACUUGAUGAUGGACCGUCUUCGAUGAAGCUAAUGGCGUUUUCCAUAUUCGAUGGAACAUUUGGAGUUGUCAAGAAAUUACUAUUUGGAAGAGAUCAGUCAUUGUAUGAUCAAGUUCAUGACAAACGUGAAACAGAAUCAGAUGAGGACAGGGCAAAAAAUCGUGCAUUUGGAUUUGCAGCAGAUCUACACCUAGCGGUCGAUCAAUUGGUUGAAAUAGCCACUGCUGGUAGUAAAAUGGACAAAAAGAACCCGACUGGAAUAAAAUAGAUGACGUAAGAGGUUUAAAACAUACUAUCUCACAUAUUGAAAAAAAGCUUACGAAGGAUUCCGAACAUACAGAUGCUCAUCAUCAGGGUAUAAAAAUAAUCAAGAAUGCAUUAGAAUAUUCUGAAAAAUUAAUUGAUCUCCAUAAAGAGUUGAUGAGAGAUGACGAUGAAGUGAAACAAGUUGUCAUAAACAUUGAAGAUAUUCAUCUUGACGUUAAACAAUUUUUGGCAGAUGCAAAAGAACAUAUGUAUAAAACUCGAGCUGGGUGGAAGCAAACAAUAUUAAGCUCGGACACAUUGGUUCAGCAUGAACUAACGAGAUCGAGUAUAAAAGUCGAAAGUUCAAGAGAUGCAUUAGAAGAUUCGAGACGUAGUAAAGAAGAAACUUUUCAAAACAUAUUAAACACUAACAAGAGGAUAACAAAUACUUUGAAAGAAUUAGAGAGCUUCAAAAUAGAAGAAGUUAAUUUUGACGACAUCCGAAAGAUUUUAGCUAAAGGUUUGAAUUCAAUAGCAGAAGUUCGUUCUGAAUGGGGAAAGAUUGUUAGGUUUUUCCAAACUAUUUCUACAAUAAUAAAAAUGAAAUUUCACGAGAACGUGCACAAUUUAGUAGAUGAUAUGGCAUUUGCAGUUGAUUCAAAGCUAAAACAAGGCAAAAUAAACGAAUUUACAAACAAAGUUAUCUUUGAAGAACUGUUUAAGGUGAGCACUAUGACGUAUGCUGUUCAUGCCAUAACAUCCACAUACGUUGAAGUAUCGGACACCCAUCUUUUGGACCAACUCAACAGAUUGGGUAGUCUUGUCGCACUAGAUCCAACCACGGAUAAAGAAGAAAUUGAACGUCGUCGAGCAGAAUUGAAUGAACAAAGUAAAAAGACAGUUGACGAAAUAAAUCUUCUUGUGCUGAAAAAACACAAAGAAUAUUUUGAAAAAGUUGAAGAAAAUCUACGUCAAAUAGAUUAUCACAAAUCGAAAGGGAAUUGACUUGCUUGUGUUAGUGUGUUUGUGUAUGUAUUACUAGAUGCAUCGCUAGUUAAAUCGGCGACUUCAAAUAUGAUUCAUCCCGUCACUCAUUUCAGUAUGCACAUAGCCAACAAUUGCAUCUGAAUAUACCAUUUAAAUGAAACUUCUAAUGUAAGUUAAAUCUUGUAUAUGCGAAUGAAUGUAUAAGUUAUUCAAAUAAAAAAUGUAAGGUA